UGGGAGUGUAGCUACCGAGCGUUACACGGAGGCUCGUCGCGGUUGUGUUUUCCCGCUGUAACCGACCCGCAGCAGUAAAAACGAGCGACCUGAACCGAGAGAAGCGUGAAAGCGGCGCGGCGCAGACAAAAGAUGACGGAUGAUCCCGCUCUGCUUCAGCAGUGUUGAGGUCCGGGCUCUGGGGAGGCCAAUCCAUGAUGGUGUUCACUGAUGGUAUUCCACUGUGUGCUUUUCUAUCCAGCCAGUGCGGAGCAGAUGGUCAUAUUAACUGCAGUGUCAGGAUUUCUGCACCACGUUUGUCAUCACUGGAGCCAGUGAGGCCCGCACACGCUGUGCACAAACUCCUCUGUGCUUUGCGCUGCAGCGACACUCAGCUCACCGCCACCAUGUGUGUCACAGGCUGUGACAAGCAGGAGAGCGUACACUCACAGUUACUAUGGAAACAAGUAAACUAUCCAUGGGGAAGUAGAAGAAAGAAGUGUGUGGACACAAAGGCCGAGCGCGCACCUACAAAGUGAGUUUGGAAGCCGAAUUUCUUUCUGCCAGCUGAGCUGAGGAGCAUCAUCUUUGUUGACGCACUCUGUGAUGGCACUUGCAACAAGAUCUUUUGCAAGCUGUGCGAAGACGCAGACCAAACUGAGCACCUGGACACCUCUGAGCAACCCACGGGCCAACAGCAAGGUGUUUGAAGAGAGACGAAGCCUUCUAGCAAAGUGGUUUGACAGGUGGUCUGACAGUCAGAGGAAGGCGGUGCUGCAGGACUUGGUGUUGAGCUGUUCAGUGGAGCAGCUCAGGUUCCUGAGCCUCAGUGUGAGCAGACAGCUCCCCCUGCAGGCCGCAGACUUCACCCGCCUGCUCCCCAGAGCCCUCUCCCUCUAUCUCUUCUCCUUCCUGGACCCACGCAGCCUCUGUCGAUGUGCCCAGGUGAACUGGCAGUGGAAGAGCAUUGUGGAGCUGGACCAGCUGUGGGUGCCCAAGUGUCUGAGGCUCGGCUGGCUCCUCAGCUUCUCCCCGACACCAUUUGAGCAGGGCGUCUGGAAGAGACACUACAUCCAGACAGUCCAGGAGCUGCGGCUGAGCCUCCUGCAGAGUGCUUCAUCACAGCAGCAGUUUGUGGUUCCAGAUAUCGCAGCAGCAAGCCGUGGUCACAAAGAGCUGUCAGAAAUAGCCGCCAUCAGGUUGGAGGAGUGUCCAGCAUCCACCAAGCAGCAACCUGGAAGCAGCUCCAGCACAAGAUUGAGAAAGGAGAAGCAGCCAGGUGCAGCCCCACCAUGGAGAGACUCUGACAGACGUCCCAAAGACACACUGCGCUUCAACUACCUGGACAAUCUGGACCCCAUCGCACAGGCGCUGAGAGCGCAGAUGAGAAACAGCGCCUCCACCUGCUGCACUAACACAUCAAAGGCGGAUGAUGGGAAAAAGAAAACACUCUCUGAAGCAAAUUAUAAACUACGCAAAGCCAAAUCGCUGAUGUUCCUCAGCUCCAGCAGCAGACCCCACCGUCUUCCUCAUGAUCAGACACAAACUCACCCCACGUGGACAUCGCACAGUAUCACUGAUCAACUCGUCAUUGCGGAGGCUGCUGAGAGCCUGCUCCACUUAUCCCAGUGGAACGCCGGGAUCCGUCCGAAGCCGGCGAGGACGCCGGUGCCUCGGGUGAGCGUGGAAGCGCUCAGGGCGUUCCAGCGUUCACACAGGAGCGUUCCCAGUACACCCCUGUUUGAGGUUCAGCCCUGGACUGCGUCUGCCUCACAUUUGCAAGAGAAGAAGUAGACCGCCCCCUCCUGGAGGAAAACGGAAGUACAGUCUGCAACCUCAAGACCUGGAGCUCGAAUCUUUCUGUACAUGCAGUGUGCAACCCUGACUAGAUGUAGACAGAUGGAUGAUUAAGACAAAUAUUUGACAUUUAAUUCCAUAAGAGAAAUGACAAAGAGACAAUGUCAGCUUUUUCUAGACAGUAAUUCAAAUGUAUUUCAGCAUUAGUACUGUGUUAUCAGCCUCACUGUGUUAACAGAUGGGAUGGGCAAAUUAACUUUUUGAUCAGACUCAUCAUAAAUGUAGUUUCUGGGUCAAAAAGGUGACAAAUGUGGAAUUGCCUUAAACUUGCACUUUUUCUUACAGCCCCCCCCCCCCAAAAAAAACCUCCAACCCUGUAAGAGUCUACCAAAAAUUGAGUCUAUACGCACUUGAUUUGUUACAACAAUUAAUACUUUCCUGAUGAUUUUAUGACUCCAGCAGCUCUUUGGGCUCUCAUAAUAAUGGACACCAAGAAUAUUUAAAGUCUACUUUCUGCUAGCCCAGAUCAGCAAAUUAGAAAUGCACCAUGCUAACGAGACUAGCUACUUAGUGGUAAAGUUAACUCAUUAGCUCACACGUUUGUCCAAAUAUUUACCCAAAUUUAAAAACGACAGGACUUUAAUCUGAAAAACUUAAACCAUCAAAACAGCAGUCCACAUUUUAUAUACAGUCUGAGGUUUUAAUACGUUUAACAUGAACACUUUAAAAUUGCUGACAGUUAUAAUCAGCUGUAACACAAGAACGCCAAAACAAACAAUGUGUGUAAGAAAUGUACCACCUUUAUUAUCCAGUCCACACGUCCCAUUCAAUAUGCAAUAACACAGCAAAAGCCAUUUCUAACACCAGUGAGUCUGAACUCCAGAAAUACUUAACAGUAAAUGUCAGUUUGAGACAAAGUAACUGAUUUUGAUCAGUAUUCAAAACAACUUAUCAACACACAGUAGCAAAGAGGGAAGCCUCGUGUACAUCAAUUAUGACAGACAAUGUCAUUUUUUUAAAUAAAAAAAAUCCACAUCAGUCAGAUAUGAAAUAUCACUCUCAUACGCACAGCCCGGCUUCAAACGAGCUUUCACUCGUUGCAUAUAAACAUGGCAUCUAAAAUGUAUGUAUAUGUUACUAAAUACAAGAGAAAGAAACUUAUAUGAAAGACAGUGUUAGUUUACUGUUAACUAAUCAGAGGAUGAAUAUUAAAGACCAGGAGUGUAUUUAUGGCUUUUGGAUUCAAAAUAAAGUAAAACUGUGGAUGUUUCACAGUUACUAACACGUGUCGGCCCACGGCAGAUUUUUAAGGCAAAUGUGGCGCUUCGCAAUGAGCCACAGACACCGCAGGGGUUAAUCGUCACUCAGUGGAUGACACAGUUAUUACUGUGAUUAGGUCACGUUGUAAAAAGGCUCAAACAACAGAGCUUACAGCAGGUGGAUAAAAAAAAAAAAAAAAAAGUAAAAGUUGACUGCUGUGUACAAGGAUUUGUUGCUUCGUAUAAUAUACGUGCUGUCCUGAUGCACCAGCGAUCAGAUGACGUUACAAAUGAACUAAAACUAAAAUUAAAGCACAGAUUGUCCAACCGACUGUGAGCAGGCUCUGCUUGGAGAUAAUCGGAAAAAAAUCCCCCAUAAUCAGAGUGAACCAUUCAUCUAAUACAACAGCAGGAGAAUGAGCUACAGGCCAUGAUCAGUGACAAUAACCAUACACUCCGAUGUUUGAUUUGAGUUUGUUUUCUCAGACGCGAGUCUUGGAAUUGUU